UCUUUCCAGCUUUGGAACACAGAAGAUGAAGCUUAUCAUAGGAGCAAGGCAUGUAGAUUGGAGCAGAAACAAAAGAAGAGUAAAGGAGAAGAAAGAAAAUCUAUGGAAAAGGACUAUUUCCGACAUGAUAGUAAUAGAAAUGUAGAGAGAGGAUUUGUUAUGCCUUUGUCCACUUACCUUGCAACAGAUGAAGAAUGUGUUGUGGAUGGACUUUCUCUCAAGACACCUGCAACUGCAGUGAAAAACACAAGAGAGGGACGUGGUUCCAGAAUCAGCUCUUGCAGGGUGGUUUCCUCCGCUCCUUCGCCCAUGCUGCUGCCGCAAAGUGGCCGGAAUCAAAGGAGGUGCUGGUCGCCGGAGUUGCAUCACCGUUUUGUUAAGGCAUUAGAGGAGCUUGGAGGCUCUCAAGCAGCUACACCAAAGCAAAUUAGGGAACUCAUGAGGGUUGAUGGCCUGACCAACGACGAAGUAAAGAGUCAUUUACAAAAAUACAGACUUCAUACAAGGAGAGUUCCAGCUGCUACAGCUGCAAAUUGUAGUAUCUCUGGUGCAGAUCUUGGAGGCUUGUGGAUGCACAAAGAAUCAUUGAAGGGUACAAGUUCUUGUUCUCCUCAAGGGCCUCUCCAAUUCGCUACAAAAUCUGGGGAAACGACAUCCACAACAGAAGGUGACAACAUGAUAGAUGAUGAUAUAAAAUUAGAGGAGUUUCACAUCUACUCAAGAACAACACAUGAUUACAUAAAAGAGGAUGGAUCUUCGGAGAGAGGCUUUUGAAAAUUUGAAGGACCAGUUUUCCUUCCAUCCCAUGAGUUUUGAUAUGAUACUCUGAGG